UCCAGACCUCUUUCGGUUCGUCCAAAAGAUUCAGUCCAUCUGCAUUCUGCAAACGUCGUCAACUAUCUACUAUCGACUUCUAUUUUAUACUUCCUGUCCGUUCCCAUCAUCAUUGACUUGCGAGUCUUCUGCAUCAUUAUCUCUAUUCUCGAUGCUGCCGGUGUUUGCCCGACCCUCACCGCGAUUCUCAAUGCGUAUUCGAUAUAUUGCUGUCUAAUUGCAAUCUGCGAGUGGAUGGACGACCUUGAAACCAUCUCUCGGUACGGCCGUGGGGCGAGGCAAAUGCUCAUCACUCUCGUGGCGAGUUCUGCUGUCCUGGCGAGCGCUGGUGGUUGGUGUCAAUCUCCAGGUCUCCACCAUCGGGGGGGGGCGCCCAGUAGUCGCUGGUUGUUGCCCCUUUUCCGCUCGCUCUGGCUAGAGAUAGGCUGUUCUGGUUAUUACCAUUAUGGAGCCCUCCCCAGCGACUUUCCUUGGAUGCAUUACGCAAGCAGCCCGCUAGGCCAAGCACUGUCUUACCCGCGUUCAGCGGCCACUUGCUCAUAGCGCCGCCGCAAAGGUCCCUUGCGGGUGGGGAAUGCGGCGAUCUGAUGGCUGAGGGGCCUGACGCCAUCACCAUGGUUCAAUGGCGUUUAGAGCAAAUGGUACGACGGAGCCGUCCUUAGGUUGCCCGUUCCCUCAGGGACUCUUUCCCAGACCCACGAGGGUCCGGAUAGUUCUGUUGUAUGGAGUCCCGUGCCGACGUGUACCAUCCUUCGGGUCCUGGUCGACAAUAUUGAUUGUUCGUGUUCUCGGUCUGGCCAUGGUUACUGUAUGGUUCAAUCAAUAGCAGACAGAUGUCCAUGCAAAGUUCUGACCAGGAUUCGCUGCUUGCGCGUCCGUCAGAAAUA